UUUAUUAUUGUGUGUAUGUGUUAGUAAAUUAAAUGGCGAUUCGUGGAUAGAUACGUAUUUCACCGAAAUAAUUUAUUAAAACAUAACAUUGAAUUUUACGGAUAAAGUGUAAUAUAAAAGUUUUGGGUUUUUACAAUGCGUUCAAUAGUUGAAAUAGGAGCUAGUGUCCCAGCUUUUUUGGGAAAACUAUGGAAAUUGGUAAAUGAUUCAGAGACCAAUCAUCUGAUUUCAUGGAGUCCAGGAGGGAAAACAUUUGUUAUAAAAGGUCAAGCUGAUUUUGCCAGAGACCUUUUACCACUUUACUACAAACACAACAAUAUGGCUAGUUUCAUCAGACAAUUGAAUAUGUAUGGCUUUCACAAAAUCACAUCUGUUGAAAAUGGUGGCCUGAGAUAUGAGAAAGAUGAAAUUGAAUUUUCUCAUCCUUGUUUUAUGCGUGGACAUGCUUACUUAUUGGAACACAUUAAAAGAAAAAUUGCAAAUCCAAAGUCCAUUGUAGCUAGCAGUGAGAGUGGGGAGAAAAUACUUUUAAAGCCAGAAUUAAUGAACAAAGUAUUGGCUGAUGUCAAACAAAUGAAAGGCAAACAGGAAAGUCUUGAUGCCAAGUUUAGUGCAAUGAAACAAGAGAAUGAGGCUUUAUGGAGGGAGGUGGCCAUUCUCAGGCAGAAGCAUAUCAAGCAACAACAGAUUGUAAACAAUUUGAUACAGUUCUUAAUGUCACUUGUACAACCAUCCAGAGCACCUACUUCAAAUGGCAAUAAUGUAGGUGUAAAGAGGCCAUACCAAUUGAUGAUCAACAAUGCAGCACACAACACAAAUGAUGCCUAUCCAGGCAAAGUAAAAAACAUUAAACUUGAUAAAGAGACUGUAUUAGACGAUAUAAAUGAGGAUAACUUGGAGGAUGGACCAACAAUACAUGAACUGGCACAUGAUGACAUAUUGCACAAUGAAGCUUCCCAAGAUUCCUUGUACCCAGCUAGCUUUGUGACUGUGGGUUUGUCACCACCAGUCAUGACCUUGAACAAUGCUGAUCCUGCUACAUUGAAUACACAGUACCAUGUCACCAUGGAAGAUGGUGAUGACUUGGAAGCAGAUGGAUCAAGAAUAAAAUACCCAAUCAAUAAUGGCAAUGGCCCAUUACAAGCUCCUAGUAAUCAACCUAUUGUUACAUCUCCAUUACCUACAAACACUUCUACAUCUCCAAUAGGUCAGGCUUCAAUGGAGCAAGGAGUGAAUAAUCUGGCCACUACAUCACCCAGCACAUCCAAAACAAAAGCCAAGAGCAAUGGCAAGAAAAAUAUCACAGGAGCCAAAAUUCAUUUGACAGCAAAUAAUUUCAAUUCAAUGAAUCCAUCUGCUGAUUUCAAACUACCAGCUGAAAUAUUCGCUAGUGAUGACUCAGUCAGCGAUGCUGGUAUUGCGACAUCGGAAGAACUUAAUGCUCUGCAUGAAGUCAUAAAUGGAAGCGACCCCAUUGUAUCCACAUCAAAGGAUGAAAUGCUUGGAGGAAUUAAUAUCAAAGUGGAGAAAGUAGCUGAACCUGCCAAAACAUCAGGAAAGAAGACGAAAAAAUCCAAAGAUUAUUCUCAAAAUAUUAACUUGGCUGACAUAAAGACUGAACUGCAGGAUGAAUUUGACUGGAAUAAUAUGACUUUGGCAACGGUACACAAUAAUGCAAACAUAAAUAAACUACAGACUAUGUAUAGACGAGAUAACAACAACCAAAACAGAGAGGAAUAUACAUCCCAUUUGGGAUCAAAUUCAAACAAGAAUGAUAUUGAUGACCAUCUGGACUCAAUGCAAACUGAUCUGGAGUCAUUACGAGAGCUGCUCAGAAGUGACACAUACUCUUUAGACACCAACACGCUAUUAGGGAAUGCUGAUACAAGCGUACAGACGACGAUGUGUCUCAACUCAAGUUUACUUCAUCACAUUCAAAAUGAACAUCUAUUCGGAUCUGACGAUCCCUUCUACGGUUUAACCUACAACGCCGCCGACGAACGAGCGAAAACAUGCAAUAAUGCAAAGAAGAUGAAAGGUGAGAUUUCGAAUGUAACCUGUGACGAGAAUCGCGUCCAGAGCCCGUUCGCUGAGGACGACGCUGAAGGGAAUCAGUUAAUCUCGUAUACAGGGAAUAUUCCAGACUUUGAGGAUUUAACUAUGCCCGAAUUGGAGGGUGAGAAUUCCCAGGAGGGUUGUUUGUCGCCGAGCCCGAGUAGCUCCACGCUUAACACCCCGCAAGUCGAACUUCGCUCGCCUUCAUACUUGAGGCCGUGAAUUUGCCGCUGGAAGAACUGCUCGUCAUUAACGCAAACUCAUUAAACAUAGCUUAUUUUUAUCGAAAAGGGUUUUUUAACUUCACUAAUUUAUAUGUUCGUAAAUGUGAAGUGAAGUGCACGGUGGUAAAGACGUUUGGUGAUCGUGAAUUAUUUUUGAUAUGUGAAGUAGCAUGUUUACAUCGUGGACUUCACUUUUGCUAUUUAUAACGAUGCCCCUUAUUAAUAACGAGUCGAAAUUCAAAUUAAUAAUGAAUAACUGAAUGAAGAUUUGAUUUAUUUAAGUCGGUCAAGCAAACGCUCAAUGCAUUUCUUACAUAUUCACCAUCAUUUUGCUUUUAAAACAGUUUGUUCUCUAUUUCACGAUGACGUGGGAAAAUGAUUUUUACUUGUACGAGAGUUUAUAGACUGGGCACGUCAUGUACAAUUAAGAAAUACGAAUAUUCAUACAAAAUAUAAUUAUAAUUAAAUAUAAAGAAUUUCUUUGAAAUUGUGUAGCAUACAUGAUGUAACUUUAUGUACCAAAUAUUCUGUAGCAACUGUUUGGAAUUUUGUUAUAAUAUUGCGUCUCAUAUACAAUAAUAUAUUUAUGAUUAGAGAUAGGUAUGUAAAAUAUUUGUAGAUAUAAGGUAAUUAAGGCAUAAAUAAUAAAUACAGAUUAUACUUCACAACAUAAUACUUCUUGUAUCUAUGUCUAUCCUACACAAGAAAGGAUAAUAUGAUAAUAGUUGCAGCUUGGUGCCUUAUGAAAGUAACGUUCGAUAUUUUUAUACAUUACCAAACAAUGCCUCUAUACCUAUAUGAUAUAUAAAACAAACAAUUAUUAAAAUUAAUGAAAUUAAACUAAAAAAAACAAUUUGUUUAAAUUUCUUUUUAAAAUGUAUACGUACUUGUUUUUCGGGAAAUUGUUAAAACAAUUUGUACUAAGUAACUCAUAGCUACCUAUUUUGUGGUAACUGUUUGAUUUUUUUCUUGACUUACAAUAUUAAAAAUUCUAAUAUAUAAAUAUGUAGUCAGUUAUUUUUUCGAAUAAAAAUAUUUACCACUAGGUAUAAAUACACAGCAUCUUUUCCAUAAAAUAACGAAUAAUAAUAUAAUAUCGUGCCAUUUGACAAAUAUUUUUACGUUCUUUGUGGUAACGUAAUACCUAUAUAAAGUUUUGGUCGUUCUUACUUUUUAUCUUUUGCUUUUAUAAAUACGGUGAAAUCCCAAUAAAAUACAUCACAAAUACGUUUUUCACAUGGACGUAUAAUACGCAUUUGUAAUUUAAAUAAUAUAAAUUUCUCAUAUUAUGAUCUUUGAUCAAACGAGCAGUAUGACUGCUUCAUUGUUUUUAGUGUGUCGUUUAUGCUCGUUAAGUUUGUGUAAAUGUUAGAUUUCAACGUGAAUUUCUUAAUUAACUAAUAUCGUUACUAUUACGUUAAGAGUUUAUUACGUGUUAUAAUGUGUAUAUUAAAUACCAAUAAAUUUGCAUUCGCAAAAAUAUACGCUAUUUAGAAGAUUAAAUUGUAAAUUGAUGUUGCUAAAUCCCAAUAUGACUAUAAUAUUUUGUGUAUUGUACAUAAGACAAUUAUUACACAUCUUUGUAUAUAUAUUUACAAAUGUUUAACAUGAUUUCGAUUCCGACAUUUUGUGUAUGAAAGUAAUUUAUGAUGAAACAAAAAACUCGUUAAGUUGUUACCUUUUAAGAAUCAUUUUGUCACAUGAAAUAUAUUUAUAACCCUGAGAAGAUAAGUUUAUUUUAUUUUCAUACACAAAUAAUUGAUUUAUACUAAGAAUAUAUUUGCUGGUUGCAGCCUAGCAAUAAAGGGACUGGUUCCUUUUAAAAUAUGUGAAUAGCCACAUGACGAGUUUACCAUUAGCUUUGGUAUCAAUUAUGCUAUUAUAUAAUUUUAGUUAUACGUAUAUAUGUAUAUAAUUAUAUUAUAUAAGACUGCUUUUGUUGUCGAGCCCGACCCCGAAUAUUUCGUUUUGAUACUGGGAUGAUUUUUUUUACCGAUUCGGCAAACUCAAAUCAAACUUUGGUCGCGCCACUGUCAUUUGUUUUAGAAUAUCAUAUGCGAAUGCUAUAUUCCCCUUCCGUUGUUAAAAUGCUGUCUGAAAUGUGUACGUAGAUAGAUAAUUAAUGUAAAUUUGGUUAAAGGUUUUAAAAAAAAUUACAUAGGAAGGAAAAAUUGCAUUUUUUACCAUGGAACGGGAUUAUAGCUGUAAAAUUAGGAUUACUUCAUUGUAUAAUAACAUUAAAAUAAAAUACGAACAAAUGUUAAUAGGAUAGAAUAUAUUAUUAAAUAUGUAUAGGCAUAAAUUAAAUGUAUAAGUUAUUUUUAAAUAUAAUGU